CAACCCCAGAGAUUCUACAAAACUCAGUCUUAGAUUGUAUCGGGUACCCAAUUGGUUGUUUUCUAAUAACAAACUCAUUACUCCACUGAGUUUGGUUAUUAUUUUCAUCUAGUGUCUGCUAUUGCAUUUCGCUAUCUGGAAAAUAAAAUAGAGGGUCGAAACAAAGCAUGAUAUUGAGAAUGUGAGUAAGGUUAGAAAAAGCUGUAUGUGAUAUCAGAUUAGUGAUGGGGUCUAUAGGCAGUAGUAGUAGUCCAAAAACAUGGAUACCAUAUAUGAACAGCAGAGAUUGUUCUCAGGGUUUUUGUAGUUUGUACUGCCCACAAUGGUGCCACAUCAUAAUACCACCUCCUCCUUCCUUCAAUUUUGCUCAAGACAAUUCCUCAUCUUCUCCAAGUCUCUCUCCUCUUGUUAUUGCAAUCAUUGGCAUUCUGGUGAGUGCCUUUCUUCUUGUGAGCUACUACACCAUAAUGUCCAAGUACUGCGGUAACGGGGACAGAAGAAGAUCAAGAAGCAGAGAAGAUCAUGGCCAGAAUGAGGAGUUGGAAGGUACCGAAAAUCGUUCUCUUCAUGAACCGUGGUAUGUGGUGACUGUUGGAUUGGAUGAAGCUCUGAUCAAGUCCUUGAGAGUUUGCAAGUACAAGAAUGGAGAUGACUUGAUUGAAGGGACGGAUUGCGCUGUGUGUCUGAGUGAGUUUGAAGAAGAUGAGAACCUGAGGCUGUUGCCCAAGUGCAACCAUGCUUUUCAUCUACCAUGUAUUGAUACAUGGCUCAAGUCUCACUUGAAUUGCCCCCUAUGUCGUGCCAGUGUGGUUUCAACAAAUGCUCCAACGCAUCAUCAAUUGCCUCCUGCUGUGACUGAAACUCCUCCGAGCAGUAGCAACGAAGGUGGAAAUGUAGUAAUGGGGACACAAGUUUUGGAGAGGGGUCAUCAUCCUCAAAAUGUGGCGAUAGUGCAUGGAGAUGUGAUUCCAAAGACACCAUUGCGUGCUUCUAGUGGUUUGGGAAAUUCAGAAGAGAGGAAUACAAUAAUAGAGAUAGUUGCUGAUGAUCCAUUUCAUCAAACAAUUAGAAGGUCAGUCUCCAUGGACUAUAUAUGUCACGAUGACCGCAUUUUAGUGGCCGAUAUUUUUCGCAUGAAUGAUGAAGAUGAACAUGUGGAAGGCUGCCCAGAGUCAGAAUCAGAUGAGAUAGCUGGUUCUUCAACACAAUCAGUAGCUGGAGGAGCUGGAACUCCUAGCCUCUCUAAAGAGCAUAUGGGACAUGUUGCAAUCAAGAGAUCAUUUUCGAGUGGGAGAUUGUUUUUCACUAGGCCUGCAAGAGCAAGGCAUUCACUAAUUCCACUCUAAACUCUAGAAGAAAAGAGUUUGGUCUGAACCUAGCUAUCACAUUGCUUCGUGUGAUUACGAUCCUUCUUUGUAUCAUUUUUCUUUUAGCAAAACGGAGAGUACUUGUUCACAACAAGUCUAUAUAUACAAGAUUGAAACAAGAUUAGAACAACAGUACUAAUAUGUAUCAUCAUUUAUGAAA